AUGGAAAAGUAUAGCCUUGGUGAUCACCGGUGGUUUUGUCUUAUGUAUGAUCUGAGAUCGUAUUGGAUCCUUGCGUUUUUUAAUGAUCUUUUCAUGGGUGGUCUGCUUCGCACGACAUCUAGGUCCGAAGCUGCGAAUAGUGUGUUUGGUAGUUGCACAAACCAGCAUGCUAGUUUGUCUGAGUUGUUCAACAAUUUUGAAGGGGCUAUUGAUGCCCAACGUGUGGCGCAGGCCAAACUGAAUGCCGAAUGUGAGGGCCAUUUUCCUUUGUGCCAGACUCCGUUGUUGAUUGAGAAACAUGCGACUGCGGUGUAUACUGUCAAUGUUUUUUAUGAUGUUCAAGCCGAGGUUAUUGCGGGAUCUUUUUCGUGUCGUUCUGUGCGUUCGAAUGUUGGAGGGAUGGACCGUAGGGUUGUUUCUAUCCCUUCUCGAUAUGUGGUUUCACGUUGGACUAAGGGUGCUUGUGUGCGGCAGUUGUUGGGGGUUCAACGUGGGGGCUCUACGGAUGUAGAUGUCGCUGUUGGUGAAGCUUGGACAGAAUUCUUUUCGUGCAUGACCAUGGCUUCACGGAGUGUUGAUCAUGUUAUAAAGUUGACUGCAGCUUUGAAAGAUUUCAACGCUGUUUUAUUGGCUGAGAAUGGUCCCAGCGAUCGCUCUUCUGCUUCUAAGAAGCAACUAUUUGAGUCGUUUUGCGGUGCUUCACCCGAUGGUCAAGUUGAUAUUCGUCCUCCUCCUAUCUCUAAUAACAAGGGUGGUGGCAAACAUUACAAAAGUACAAGGGAAUUAGCUGUUGAAAAGUCUGGAUGUCGUCAACGACAAUGCCAAACUUGUGAAAAGUAUGGCCAUAAUAGUCGUACCUGCCCGAUGCGCAACGCUGACAUAUGA